CGUUGGAAGUACAAAGUGCUAUCGCUUACAACCGUCUCCGGACGCUGUGCUUAGAUCUUUUCUCCUCGCCCGCUCGAGUGAAGAAUGAACCAGGACUAUUCGUUUAGUCCCCGCCGAUACGCCGCUUGAUUGCCAUUACUUUCUUUCACAUUGGGAAUAUAUAAGGAGGCGGAGGCGCUAUACACAGCCAUCGCAGUCACUGGACGGACCAAAUUUAUACACAAUCUAGCCGUAAGGCUCUUGAGGGAGGAUCGUUCUCGCUAUGCCCAACCAGGAUGCGAGGGCCGACACAAAUCAGGACGCGCCAAUGGCGACGUCUGGUGAACCUAGUAUAACGGUGGAGGAAGUACCUGAACAGUAUUCUAACUCGGGAGCACCGCUUCCGAGAAGCCAUUCCGUCAAUGUUCCAUCGCGGCAUAGUAUCAGUCAAGAACGGCCGUCCAUGACCCCUGCACGAACUCUUUCGGAUUCUGGACGGAGGAAUUCCCAUCAGCCCCGUGUUGUUCGCUUCUCAGCCGACCUCGAGCGACCCGUUGUGGAAGAACCCCAAGAUUGUAAUCAUAGUAGGAGGCCAAACUCUAGGGGUUUGACCAUCGAUACUAGCAUUACUCGUCAGGGUCGUCUGUCUAUUAGUUCCCCAGAUCAUAGACCAAUUUCCCCUCUUUCCCCACACUCCGCACACUCCGCGCUGUCACCCUCGCCGCCGCAGAGCCCAGACUUAGGUCGCUCGCGAUCGCGCAAUCGCGGGUAUUCCCUUCGACGGACUAUUUUUGCGAAGAACAUUGUCACUGCGACCUCCCCGGGGGCUGUCUCGCCCAAUGACAUUGAAUUGGGUCAGCCUGUGAACCUCCAACGAGAGACUCUCACGGGAAAUGAACGGAGUCAGCAGAAAUCGAGCGACGACGAAGGGCAAGGUGCUCCUAAGAUGGAUGGUCAAUCUCAGCGCAAUUCGACAGAAGAUGAAAAACAAGAGGUAAUUGUAACUCAGACCUCGGCACCUGAACAUAGUCCUGUUCAUAGAGACGAUACUUCGACAGCAUAUUUUUCCUCCGACCUUUCGGAAGGCCUCAAGGAAAGUAGGCACAUGUCUACUACGAUCUCAUACGAGAAAUGGCUAAAGAGACGGGCCACCAUUGCGACAUUCAAAGCCCGGUAUGAUGAAAUUAUGGAAUCACUUCGCAAGACAAUCCUUCGAAUCAAAGAUAUUCCUCCAAGCAAGGAUGGCCGUCACAUCGAUCUUGAUCCCACUAGGACAGAGGAUUUGGUCGAUGAGAGGACCGGAAAACCCUACUGUGGAAAUUGGAUCCGAUCUAGUCGUUACAGUCUUUGGAGCUUUUUCCCUCGACAACUUUUCGCGCAAUUUACCAAACUGGCGAACUUUUACUUCCUUGUGGUAGCGAUCUUGCAGAUGAUACCUGGUUUGAGUACGACAGGUUCCUUCACCACUUUGGUCCCGCUGUUGAUAUUUGUGGGGAUCUCUAUGGGAAAAGAAGGGUUCGACGAUUGGCGUCGCUAUCGCUUGGAUAAAGAAGAGAACAAUCGCCAUGUGUCCGUUUUACGUCCAGGUGCUGGGAUAAUGGCGCAAAAUUCCUCCAGUGACAGCAUCUCCAUAGCCAGUGAUGCUCAAGAUUGGACGUUAGUGAAGUGGAAAGACAUCAAAGUUGGAAAUAUUGUCAAACUAGAGCGUGAUCAGCCUGUACCAGCAGAUAUGGUUUUGCUCCACGCAGACGGACCUAACGGCGUCGCUUACAUCGAGACCAUGGCCUUGGAUGGUGAGACAAAUCUCAAAAACAAGCAGCCCUGUCAGCCGGUCGCGAAGGUGUGUGCGACAGUCGAUGGUAUUUGCAGCAAUUCUAUGCACUUUGCUGUCGAGGAUCCCAAUAUUGACCUCUAUAAGUUCGAUGGUAAUGUGACGGUUGCCGCUGGUGAAAAAAUGCCCCUGACCAAUAACGAGGUUGUCUACCGUGGUAGCAUCAUGCGUAACACCGAGCGGGCCAUCGGUAUGGUCAUAUACACCGGUGAAGAGUGCAAAAUUCGAAUGAACGCGAACAAAAACCCUCGAAUCAAGUCUCCUGCACUCCAGGCCCGUGUCAACCGGGUAGUGAUGCUGAUUGUUCUCUUGGUGGUUGUGCUGGCAGUGGCCUGUACUGUUGCGUAUAUGUAUUGGUCAGAUGAUGUUGAGCAGAACUCUUGGUACCUUCAGAAGGCAAAUGUGUCCUACGGUCCAAUUUUCACCUCUUUCUUGAUUAUGUUCAAUACCAUGAUUCCUAUUUCACUCUAUGUGAGCAUGGAAAUUGUCAAAGUCGCCCAAAUGCUGAUGUUGAACGCUGAUAUCGACAUGUACGACCCGGAGACUGACACUCCAAUUGAGGCACGGACUUCCACUAUCAACGAGGAACUAGGACAGGUCAGCUACAUUUUCUCCGACAAAACCGGCACUUUAACGAACAACUCAAUGCGCUUCCGCAAGAUGAGUGUCGCUGGUACUGCGUGGUAUCAUGACUCCGACCUGCGUGAAGAGGCCGCUAAAGAGGGAGGCCGAGAAAAGCUCAUCCACAAAAAGCGGAGUUUUAAAGGCAAAAAGGCCAUGGUUCGCAAGUCCAACGUGUCAGAGGCCAGAUCUUUUCUCGCUAGGCCUAGCCUGGCUGCUGACGGGACACGGAAAACCGGCCGACCGGCGCUCGACUAUCGUACUGCUGAUAUGCUCAAGUAUAUCCAACGCAAGCCUUACACCGUGUUUGCGCGCAAAGCCAAAUUGUUCAUCUUGGCCAUGGCCUUGUGUCACACGUGCAUCCCGGAAAGCGAUGAGCUUGGGAAUAUCUCCUUCCAGGCGGCAUCACCCGAUGAAUUGGCGUUAGUCAUGGCUGCCCAAGAACUCGGAUAUCUCGUCACAGACCGACAGGCAAAUACUUUAACGGUCCGGACAUACCCUAAUGGGUCUAGUGAGCCGGCCACUGAAGAGGUCUACGAAGUUCUAGAUGUGAUAGAAUUCUCAAGCAGUCGUAAGCGGAUGUCGGUUGUGGUGCGAAUGCCUGAUCAGCGAAUCUGCUUGUUUUGUAAAGGUGCGGACAGCAUCGUGAUGCAGCUGCUCAAGCGAGCAGCCCUUGCGCAAGAGAAGGCGGUCGAGAUUGAAAGGCGUGCUAGCAAACGCAAGGCGGCCGAAGCAAGUGAAUACAUCAGGCGAAACAGCGAGUAUCAGACUCGCAAUAGUGGGGUGCGGACAAGCUUAGGUCGGCCUAGCAUGACGCACAGACGCUCUAGCGUUUCCGGGCAGCAUAUUUCAACACUGCGGGCAAGUAUCGAUGUAUGGCUUCGUGACAGAGAGACAGAUGGCGGUAUCUUAAAUCGAGCGAACGAUGCCGAGUAUUACAGCCCGCGCCCUUCGGCUCAGAUAGGACGGCCGUCUACUACCCUGUCGGACUCGGGAAGCUCAGUCAAUGAGGAUGAGGAGGAAGACUUGGUAGAGGAAGCUCUGGUGGUCAACGAGGCAAGUGUUUUCGAGAGGUGUUUCCAGCACUUGAAUGACUUCGCCACUGAAGGGUUACGAACUCUGUUAUACGGUCACCGUUUCCUUGACGAAGCUUCGUACAACAGUUGGAAGGCAGCCUAUCGUGAAGCAUGCACAAGUCUUGUGGAUAGACAGGAGAAGAUCGAGAAAGUCGGUGAGCAGCUUGAACAGCAGCUUGAGUUAACGGGUGCAACGGCCAUCGAGGACAAGUUGCAGAAGGGCGUGCCUGAAGCUAUUGACAAGCUCCGACGAGCUAACAUCAAGUUAUGGAUGUUAACGGGUGACAAACGCGAGACAGCAAUCAACGUGGGCCAUUCAUGUCGUUUAGUGAAGGAUUACUCGACCCUUGUUAUCCUCGACCAAGAGACUGGCGAGGUUGAACGAUCUAUUGUGAAAUUAACCUUGGACCUCACUCAAGGCACAGUAGCACACUCGGUAGUUGUGGUUGACGGGCAAACGCUGGCGAUGAUUGAAGCAGACGAGACUCUGAGAGUACGAUUCUUCAAGCUUGCCAUCCUUGCCGAUUCGGUGAUUUGCUGUCGUGCCAGUCCCAAGCAGAAAGCCUUCCUUGUGAAGUCAAUCCGGAAGCAGGUGAAGGAUUCUAUCACUCUUGCGAUUGGUGAUGGUGCCAACGACAUUGCUAUGAUCCAGGAAGCUCAUGUUGGCAUCGGUAUUACGGGCAAGGAAGGUCUGCAGGCGGCACGCAUUUCGGACUACUCGAUUGCUCAAUUCCGGUUCUUGUUAAAAUUGCUCCUUGUCCACGGGCGGUGGAACUACAUGCGAGCCUGCAAGUAUACUUUGGGUACGUUCUGGAAAGAAAUGUUAUUCUACCUGACUCAGGCGCUUUAUCAGCGCUGGAAUGGCUAUACUGGCACCAGCUUGUACGAACCGUGGAGUUUGAGUAUGUUCAACACUCUUUUCACAUCCUUGGCUGUCAUCUUCUUGGGUAUUUUCACAAAGGAUUUAGCAGCAUCUACUCUCCUGGCUGUGCCGGAACUGUACACCAAAGGCCAGCAACAUGGCGGCUUCAACAUCAAGCUAUAUCUGGGCUGGACAUUUAUGGCCACGUGCGAGGCGAUGAUAGUCUACUUUACUAUGUUUGGUCUUUGGGCCAAUGUGCUGUUCACCCACACCGGAAGCGAUAUCUUCUCAUCUGGGCUUCUCACAUACACGGCAUGCGUAAUCAUCAUCAACACCAAGUUGCAGGCGCUGGAGGUUCACAACAAGACAUAUCUAUCGCUCGCGGUGUUCAUUAUUUCGGUGGGUGGCUGGUUCGUGUGGGACAUGAUUCUGUCCCGUCAAUACAACAUCAGUGCGGGAGAUGGUAUUUACCAUGUGCCCGGCAAUUUCAUUUUCCAGUCAGGCCAUGAUCUGGCUUUCUGGGCGGUCUUGCUCCUCACGGUUGUGGCCGUCAUCAUAUUUGAGAUCACGGUUAGUGCGGUGCGGGCCAUCCUUUUUCCCACAGAUGUGGAUAUUUUCCAGGAGUAUGAGCAGGAUCUGGAGAUCCGGAAGAGAUUCGAGGAAGCCGCGGCAUCGGAGCUGCAGCAGGGUUGGGAUCACGGCUCCAAAAAAUCCAGCCUUGAGUUGGCCCGCGAAGUGGAAAUGGAAGCCCGAGAGAAACAGGUACAGGAGCUGCUCUCCCGGCCGAGAGUGAUGACCAAGACAGGAUCUGGUCAGAGGGACACGGAGACAGAAGUAGAACUGGUCGCUUAUAGCAGCAGCGCUAACCACGCUGUCGACCACCCGAAUCACACGAUAGAUGAUGACGUGAUGAAUCCCCGUCGACGGUCCCUUGAGAUUCAUGAAUUAUUUACGAAGGGCUUCGGAGCGAUCCGGAAGGGACACUUGUAGUGAUCCUCUUCAAUUUACUUUGUUGCUGGGUGCAAAGUGUGUCCUGUUAAAAAAAAAAAAUUUUCCUUCUCUUUCUUUUACAAAGCGUGAUGGCGUUUGGAAGUGGAUACCCCCUUUGGACAGUCACUCAUUUCUUUUGACUUAAAUGUUACAUCGUGUUCAUUAUCGGCUGGUGAGGAAAUAUUUAUAUACGCAUUACCCCGAUGUAUAAUAGAACGAAAACCACCUCAGCGUGUCCA